AUGAACGUCUCCCGAACCGGCUACUUUUCUUCCGACUACUUGGACAGGCGGAAAAACCACUCGCAGUCUACUUUCCACUCCAGAGCCAGCCUGAUGUCUCCUCGAGCGACUAGCCCAGAUCAUUAUUCAGCAGCAUCCACUCCAAGAAGCGAAAACCCAGAUGAUCUUGAUGAAGCAAUCACGCCAGCGCAUCUUAAUUACCUCUACAAGAAACAGCAGCGCUCGGUAGACUAUUCUGACUAUUAUAAGCCAAAACGGAAGCAUGACGAUAGUUCCUCGUUCCACACCCAGGAUCUUGAGCUGGUUACUGAACAGCCAAGGAAGAUCCCGGUGGGCUAUGAAGGUUAUUAUAUGGACCAGAAGAAACGGUAUGAAGAGGCAGAGGAGGUAAAGCCUAAGAUGUUCACGCAUAAGACAUUUAUGGAUGUGUUUGAUAGGGACCAGGACGAGCGUUUCAACCCGAUCGACGUUGUGUUUGAUGAUCCUGAGAAGACCAAAGAGCUUGAAAAGAAACAGAAGUUUUCUAGAGCCAUGAAAAACGUGCAAAAGAAAGUUGGUUUGAACGACUACAACUCGUAUGACUACUAUACGCAAAACGAGAUAGACGAUGCCAGAAGAGCCAAACGAGAAAAGGAAAGAGAGGCCAAGGCAGCGAAGCAGAAUAGUAAGCUGGAGAAGAAAGCAUUUAAACUUGCAUUGAAGAGGAAAAAGAAGGAAGAGAAGGAGAGAGAGUUGUUCGUUCAGCAUGUGAGCGACAACUCUGACGAUGAAGAGAUGGAGGGUUAUGAGGAACCGCAAAACGAGAAUCUCAAGAAAGCUUGGAAACGGAAAUGGAAGAACGCUAAGAAGGCGCUUGGUGAUGAUUAUUUCGACAAUUACAACCGAGAAAUAGAAGCACGCCAGCAACUUAAGCAGCAACCCAAGGAAGAACAAGAAAGAGAGGAUGUUGAGCAAAUGGCAUCUGCCCUGGGCACAUUAGGCCCCAAUGCUGGUUUUCAUCCACUCUGGAACUACAUUCUUUCAUGGCUAGUGUAUACUGCUCCUUCAAGCCAAAGCACAACAGCUCCAAGUGGAAAGAUAGUUGAGCUUGACAGAGAAGCUGCUGUUGUUCCUACUGAAAAGAAGAAGAAGCGUACGGGCAAUGGGAACCCAUUCAAGAACUACAAAAAUAAGAUGAAGAAAUGGAACCAGCCGGCUUCGGCAUAUUUUGCAGGCGUCAAAGGCAUGCCAGAUUCAAUGUCGCUUCAGCGGUUCGACCAGGGAAGCCAGGCAUCUACAAUCUACACCUACUCCGAAUUCCCAGACGAAAUCGAAGUAAGUGACGACGGCAAUCUCAGCGAAGAGAUCAUCAUGGGCAACGACAGCUUGGACUCGUACCACGGGUACCCUCCCACAUCAGCACAGGCCAUGAUGACCAAAGACGGAGCCCUUGGCAGGCUACAUGAAGGUGGACCAGUGAAAAUCGUCUCCAACAUCAAUCUGUUGAUCAAAAGCAUCAAAAUCAUGAAGAUCAUCUUUGCGCCCAUUGACAUCAUUGCAGUGCAUUUCCCUUCGUUGCAGACGCUUGUGAUCCUCAUUGAGUUGGUGAUAUUCAUGUGGAUCCUCUACGAGCUUUCCCUCCUCAUUGAUGCGUUAUGUAUGGCGGUCAAGGCGGUAUGUGCGCCGAUGAUUGCCAUUGGAAAGUUCAUGAAUCGGAUAGUAUAA